UGAUGUCUCCGCCCCCGCGCCGCGAUUGGCCCGCGUCUCCGCCCGUGCCCGUGACUGACAUGUCAGUCUCCACAGUCUCCUCCCAGUGGCGGCAGACGCUAUUUGAGUGGGACCACUAUACUUGCGGACUGUUGUACACACACACACACAGAGACACAGAGAGCGAGCCGGAGCGUUGCGAGCGUCGUCAAUGGGAAGCGUGCGAGACACAGCAGCGGCAGAGCGAGUCUAGAGAUCGAACGACCCCGCGGCGCCAGCAGCAGCAGCAGCAGCAGCAGCUUUGGCAGCUUUGGCAACACAAGCGGCAGCAUCAUGCUCUCCAGGUCCGUCCCGUGUUUAUGGAUUACAGUCUGCCUUCGUCUUUGCUGUUUUGUGGACAGCGGGGAAGCACAGAACGCGAAGGAAGUGAUUCUGCUGGACUCCAAGGCACAGCAGACAGAACUGGAGUGGAUCUCUUAUCCUCCCAAUGGGUGGGAGGAAAUCAGCGGUUUGGACGAGAACUACACACCCAUCCGCACAUACCAGGUUUGCCAAGUCAUGGAGCCCAAUCAGAAUAACUGGCUUCGGACUAACUGGAUAGAGAAAGGCGACGCUCAGAGAAUUUUUGUGGAACUCAAGUUCACCCUGAGGGAUUGUAACAGUCUACCCGGUGUGGUGGGCACGUGCAAGGAGACGUUCAACUUGUAUUACCAGGAGACAGAUUCAGAGGUGGGCAGGAGCUUACGAGAGAACCAGUACGUGAAAAUUGACACGAUUGCUGCAGACGAAAGCUUCACUCAGGGCGACCUGGGCGAGAGGAAGAUGAAACUGAACACGGAGGUACGCAUCAUCGGCCCGCUGUCCAGGCGGGGCUUCUACCUGGCCUUCCAGGAUGUAGGGGCGUGCAUCGCACUGGUGUCUGUGAAAGUUUACUACAAGAAGUGCUGGUCUAUCAUCGAGAACCUGGCCACGUUCCCCGACACUGUGACGGGAUCAGAGUUUUCCUCGCUAGUCGAGGUCGAGGGCGUGUGCGUGAGCGACGCCGAGGAGGAGGCCGACAACUCUCCCAAGAUGCACUGCAGCGCUGAGGGAGAAUGGCUGGUGCCCAUUGGGAAAUGUAUAUGCAAAGCUGGAUUUCACCAGAAGGGGGACGCAUGUGAACCGUGUGGACGUGGUUUCUACAAGUCCUCGUCCCAGGACCUGCAGUGCUCUCGCUGUCCAGCGCACAGCUUCAACGACCGCGAGGGCUCCUGGCGCUGCGACUGCGAGGACGGCUACUACCGGGCGCUCUCCGACCCUCCGUCUGUGGCCUGCACACGACCUCCCUCGGCGCCACAGAACCUGGUCUACAACACCAACCAGACCACUGUCAGCCUGGAGUGGAACCCACCGGCUGACACUGGCGGGCGCAAUGACGUCAGCUACAGGGUUAUAUGCCGGCGCUGCAGCUGGGAGCCAGAGGAGUGUGUUCCGUGCGGGCCAAACGUGGGAUACUCCCCUGCACAGUCCGGAUUAGUGGACACUUAUUUGACCAUCAUGGACCUGCUCGCCCACGCUAACUACACUUUUGAGGUGGAGGCUGUCAAUGGGGUGUCGGACUUGAGCCGCACGCAGAGGCUGUUUGCAGCAGUGAGCAUCGCAACUGGUCAAGCAGCUCCAUCCCAGGUCAGCGAGGUCAUCAAGGAGAAAGUGCAGCAGCGCAGCAUCCAACUCUCCUGGCAGGAGCCGCAGCAACCCAACGGCGUCAUCACGGAAUAUGAAAUCAAAUACUAUGAAAAAGAUCAGAAAGACCGGAUCUACUCCACAGUGAGGUCCAAGUCCACUUCGGCCACAGUGAACAACCUGAAGCCCAGCACGGCCUAUGUGUUUCAGAUCCGGGCUUUCACGCAGGCUGGAUACGGCACCUACAGCCCGAGAAUGGAGAUCACCACCAAGGAGGAGGCCACAGCUGCGAUCGUCUCCAGCGAGCAGAACCCCGUCAUCAUCAUAGCGGUGGUGGCCGUGGCGGGGACCAUCAUCCUGGUCUUUAUGGUGUUUGGCUUCAUCAUCGGGAGAAGGUACGCUCUCGCGGGCCCCAUUGACUCUCCGCUCCUGCACUGCGGGUACAGCAAAGCGGAUCAGGAGGGAGAUGAGGAGCUCUACUUCCAGUUCAAAUUUCCAGGCACCAAAACCUACAUUGACCCCGAGACGUACGAGGACCCGAACAGGGCUGUCCAUCAAUUUGCCAAGGAGCUGGACGCCUCCUGCAUCAAAAUCGAGCGGGUUAUUGGAGCAGGAGAGUUCGGGGAGGUGUGCAGCGGCCGACUGAAGCUGCCCGGAAAGCGCGACAUGUCAGUCGCCAUCAAGACGCUCAAAGUGGGCUACACGGAGAAGCAGAGGCGGGACUUCCUGUGCGAGGCCAGCAUUAUGGGACAGUUUGACCAUCCCAAUGUGGUUCAUUUGGAAGGUGUUGUGACCAGAGGGAAGCCGGUUAUGAUUGUCAUUGAGUACAUGGAGAACGGCUCAUUAGAUGCUUUCCUCAGGAAACAUGAUGGCCAGUUCACAGUCAUCCAGUUGGUGGGGAUGCUGCGGGGCGUAGCGGCGGGGAUGAGGUAUCUCGCCGAUAUGGGAUACGUCCAUCGAGAUCUGGCUGCUCGGAACAUCCUCGUCAACAGCAAUCUCGUAUGCAAAGUGUCCGACUUUGGCCUGUCGAGGGUGAUCGACGACGAUCCGGAGGCUGUCUACACAACAACUGGCGGCAAAAUCCCUGUGCGGUGGACGGCGCCAGAAGCCAUCCAGUAUCGUAAAUUCACCUCCGCCAGUGACGUGUGGAGUUAUGGUGUUGUCAUGUGGGAGGUGAUGUCCUAUGGAGAACGGCCUUACUGGGACAUGUCCAAUCAAGACGUCAUUAAGGCGAUAGAGGAGGGCUACCGUCUUCCAGCCCCCAUGGACUGUCCGCCCGGCUUGCAUCAGCUAAUGCUGGACUGCUGGCAGAAAGACAGAGCAGAGCGUCCCAAAUUCGAUCAGAUAGUCGGCAUCCUUGAUAAGAUGAUCCGUAACCCUAACACCUUGAAAACCCCGGUGGGAACGUGUACAAGACCAAUUAGUCCACUGUUAGAUCAGAACACACCAGACUUCACCGCUUUCCGCUCGGUGGGAGAGUGGCUGGAAGCCAUCAAGAUGGAGCGAUACAGAGACAACUUCACAGCGGCUGGCUACACUUCCCUGGAAUCUGUGGCCAGGAUGUCAAUCGAGGACGUGAUGAGCUUGGGGAUCACGCUGGUGGGCCAUCAGAAGAAGAUCAUGAGCAGCAUACAGACCGCGAGAGCCCAGAUGCUGCAUCUCCACGGCACUGGUGUCCAGGUGUGACUAGGACGGGCCUCCACCUCGGGCAGGGGCGGAAACGAACUCCCACGGAACUGAAAUGGAGCAGCGUCCUGGACGUAACCAGGAUCUGCAAAGCAAACAGACAUCUGUCGUGUCUGUCUCUUCCGGCUGUGUCCGGAGCGAAAUCAUUCCUUUGUUCCUCAGUGAAGGAUUGUGGUGCGAGUCUUUAGAGAGCAGUAAAGAGAGGAGAAGGGCGACAAAGACAAAAAAACAACAAAAAAAAGAAACUACCUUGGCGAGACUCUUAUUUGUUCUUUCUUUGUUUUUACAAACUCAACCACAUAUCAAAUUGGACCCGAGUUUGAUGCUUAUUUUUCUCCUUUGAAAAAGAACAAAAAAAACUAAAACAUUAGUCUCUUUGCCAUCUUUGAUUUUUCUGAUUGGUUCACUUAGUUUUUAUCUGCUACAGUGACAUUUUGAAUUCUUUUAUCUGUACUUGACAACAGGGUAAAACUUCUCUUUCAUCCAAAACUGAGGGAAAAACACUUUAGGUGCAGAUCCCGAGGCAAACCGGACCGUGUGAACUGUUUGCAGUGGUUCGUGUUUUCGUGCUUCACCUCGCGGCCGGGAGUGAGGGAGCAUUUCACGUGGCUUUCGGAUUUUUUUUUUGUAUUGAGGAGUUUUUCCGAUGAGUGCGACACUUGCUCUUCAAAUCACCAGACGUUGUUUUUGGCUUUUGCUGUUUGAUUGGGUUUUUUUUUCUUCUUAUCAGAGUAGCAAUAUCCUUUUGUCUUAGCGUUCACCACAGGACACACAGAAACCGUGACUCGGUUAUUGAGUAGAAUGUUUUAGCACUGUUUGAAAGAUUGUACUGAAAUUGAAGCCAACGCUUAUUGUUUUGCCGUCAUUUUGCCUGAAAUGUUGCACACAGGAAUUUGUAAGGGUGGAUCCAACAAAGGUGUAGACGUAAUACUGCCUUAAAUAUGUUUAAUGAUUAAUUAUUGCCACUAUUUUAGGCACUUGAGCGGCGAUGCUUUGUGCAGUUCAUUUUAGAGGGUGAACAAACUCCCUGUGUGUUUGUGUUUAGUUUUUUUCUCUCUCUGGACACAGUUUUAAGGCCACGAGUUUAGACACAGUCGGCAAAGAGGAGGUGAAGUAAACAGAGCAAUAAUUACCAGGUAGAAAUCAGAGUUGUUGUUUUUUUUAAAGGUGCUAGGUAUAAACGCAUGCGUGUGCUGUGCUGAGACAAAACCUUUUGGGAAGAUUAAGUCACUGCUGCUGCAAGGGAAAGGAAUGUACCUCUGUGACCUAAAAAAAAACAGAAAAAGGAAAAAAAAAAUACAGCUGUGCCAAGUCAUGCAUUGAAAUAAUCAUGUCUUACUCUGCCACUAUGAGAUGCUAAACAUUUAAUGACAACCAAGCAUGGCACGGAGGUGUUUAACCAAGUGGCUGCAGCGAUGAAAGAGGCAACAUUUGAAAACACUAGAGAUGUGCCAAUUAGAUCUGCUGAUAUCAUCUUCUGACACCAACGCGCCGCACAGAAAUCAAAGCGCCCCUUCAGGCUUUGGGUAUGAAAACGGAGGAACCUGCGUCUCGAGCAGUUCACGCUGUUAAGACGCCAUCAUUCUGCCUCUGUAGGCGGCUGCUUCACAGGCCCUUUUGUUUAUUCAUGCAUCUCCGCCGUUCAUCAUCCCUCAGGCAUGAACACAACAUGCAUUUAAGUGUCUCUUAAGAUGACUCCCCCUUUUCUUUCACACGGUUGUAUAUGUGGAGAAAAGAGACAAGGGGGUUCCUCGCAGAAUGCAUCCUAAAAGCCAAGCAACCUAUUUGGUGCCAUCUGUCUCCACUUCAAAUGCAAAAGAGAGAGCUAGUUAGCGCGUUGGCGAAGUUUUAGUGCAGAAUGUUGUGUAUACAGCUCCAUUCAUCCGUUGCCAAAUGAGUUCACACAAUGCUGAUUAACCUAUCAGCUCCACGCGACUCUCUUGGUGUUUUUUGUCCUGUGUGAAAUCCCCAUGCUGCGCUCAGAGGGUGAGAGACAGACGGAAGCACAACCGCUACAUAGCGCUAGUAAAGCAAGAUGGCCGCAAACACCAAAAGGUGCCCACAGAAAGGUUCAGAAGUGGAGUCUACAGCUUAAAGAGAAACAUGGAGAAACAUGGAUGGUCAGCAAGUGGAGGGGAUAAAUGUAUAUUGCAACUGGGUAGUGGUAGGGGUGGAGUUGGGGUGAGAUCACCAGGGCUAAUGGUGUGUUCCAUUUGUUGUCGCACAAGGUCAGGGGAUGUUCUUUCAGUGGGAACGCCCUCUGAACUCACAUAUCCCAGUAUACAAGCACUGCUUCUUUUACAGUGAAUAGCACUCCUGUUGUAUUCGCUUUAGACAGUAAAUAUGUUGCCAACUGGUAUUGCUAAUUGUGGCUAACAGUGACGAGCCCCUGGAUAUGUAUGUGUCCACUUGCAGCUCCGACUUGCGAUGAAAAUGGAAUGCAGCGUUUUGUCAUGUACAGGCGAGGCCACAGUAACACGCCAGAGCGUUAAAAACAAAUGGAUAUUAAAGAGUGGUGACACAAUAGGCAAUAGACCACCUCAUGUCGGUCCACCCUCCACGGGUGGCCGCGUAGACCGUGUUCUCUGAAGGAGGCGGCCCAUGUAUUAAGACACAGCUGUCGAGGGACCAGAGAGCAUUACGUCAAUGACCUGACCACACUUGUAUGCACAUCUGUAAACUUUAAACGCAGCUCUUGGAAUGAUCCCACCUAUCGCAGACGUAUGUUGAGAACUAUUUUCACUGCGGGACUGUGCAGCUGUGAGCCCUCGUGUCACUUUCUCUCACAAGCACACGCCCUUUAUCCAUACAGCAAAGCUCAGCAAUUGGGUCUUGGCCAAACCUUUGAAUUGAAUACGGACACAAAGUUGUUCAGUCAGCACAAAACUCCCCAGUUCAUAGCAGCACUCACUCACUCUCUGUCUCGCCACCCCCCCUCAUUUUAGCUCUUGAUUUUCAAAGUGGGCCCCUGGAGGCCCCCCUCACACCCUGUCCCUCCUCCCUCCCCCCCCCCGUGCUGGGGAAACAGCAGUUUCGGGCCAAAUUGAGAUUAUAUCCAGGAUAAAAUCGAUCCAUUGUCCAGACCACCUGUAACCACCACCACCAGCAAAGUCACUUUUCUGUCUGUUUCAGCUUCUUUUCCCUUCACACUCUGAACAUGAGCUCACUCAGCUCGGGACAGAAACAAUAUGUUUUGCUGUGGCUCUAUUCCAGCAGAAAUAAAAAUAUAAAAAGGAAUAUAGGAAAGAAAGAAAAAACAUAAAUCUGCAGGAUGUGUGUAGACAGUUGGAAUCAGGAAUGGAAGCUAGAGUAUGAAGUUAUUUUUCAAAUCUUGUGGUACAGCAGUUGGACACGUGUUUCACCGCUGUGGCGAGGUGGUGGAUACUUCCAAAGAGCGCAGCACUGUUGAUUGUGUCAGAAAUGAGUCAAGAUUUGAGGGAAUCUUUGUAUAUGCUCUAAUUGUAAAACUUGUACAUUUUAUUUAUAUUGUUUUUUUUUACACAUAUUACUCAGUAGAGAGCUCUGAAUACAUCGGAAAUGCACUAUAUUUUUAUAUCUCGCAGAUGAAUUAUUGUCACCCACACAAUUUCAGUUGUACAUAAUUUCUCAUUUAGGACCAAAGACAGUUGAUAGGAACUCCAUCUUUACUUUGACUUUGUCUUUCUUUUGCCUUUUAGUUGGUUGUACAGUGAUACAAAUGGUCAAUGUAUUAUUUAUUUUUCUGUGAUGAAAGUAUUGAGAAUAUUCACUGGUCAAAUGUAUUUUCCCCGACAGAAGAAGAAUCAUUUAAUUAGACAAAUUUCUUGUUACAUAGACAAUUCUUUUUGCUUUGUAACCUUUGUAAUAGACUGUACAUAUAUUUUUGGAAAUAUAAUACAAUCUCUAUAGAA